CGUGAUGACGACACAACUGCUGUAAACAGGAAGCAUCGCUGCUCACGCGCCGCAGUGCGCAUGCGCGCUGGGACGGUGUUGACUGUGGACCAUGGCGACUGUUCGGGACUGGCCGGUGGCCGCGAGUUUGCUGCUUCUGCUCGGCGUGUUCCAGGCCGAGGCCCAGGAGGGCAUCCUCCGCGCGUCCAGCAAUGAGACCUCUCCCAAAAUCCGGGAGUACUGCAUCAUUUUCAACGAGCAGUGGAUGCCGCUUCCCAGUACUCUGACCAACGCCACUAAUUACCAAUUACAAGACCUGACCAGCACUGAACUCUGCAAUUCAUCAGAUGUGCCUGCUGAGGGUAUAAAGGACAAGCUUGUGGUUGUGAUGAGAGGGAACUGUACAUUCAUUGAAAAAGCACGGAUUGCUGUGGGGAACCAUGCCAAAGCUCUGUUGAUUGCCUCUACAAGUGGUCUAAUUCCUCCUAAGGGUAAUACAUCUGAAUACGAGCAGCUACAAAUUCCAGUGGCCUUAAUCAGCUUUGCUGAUAUACUAUCCAUGAAAAAGGUGCUGGGGAAUCAAAUUUCAGCCACACUCUACUCUCCUCCCAUGCCCUCUAUGGACUACAGCAUCCUGAUUGUCUUCUUUAUUGCUGUUGGGACUGUUGCCCUUGGAAGUUACUGGAGUGGGAUAGAAGAACCGGAAAGUGAAAGUUUAUCACCUGAAUCAAGAUCAAAGACCCGUAGAGGGAGUAAGAAUGAGGACACGGCGAACAUCUUGACUCCAGUCACCGUCCUAUUUUUUGUCAUCAUUGUUAUUGUGAUGAUUGUGCUGUUGUACUUCUUCUACAAGUGGUUAGUGUACGUGGUCAUUGCCAUCUUCAGCGUAGCUUCAGCAAUCAGUCUCUACAAUUGUUUGUCGGCACUAGUGAGGAGAAUCCCAUAUUGCAAAUGCAGCUUCAUUUGCAGUAGCAGAAGGAUUGAAGUUCGUUUGGUGAUGCUCGCAUUGUUCUGUAUAACAUUGGCUGCGGUGUGGGUUGUGUUUCGAAAUAAUGACAGAUGGAUUUGGAUUCUACACGACUGUCUUGGAGUUGCUUUUUGCCUUAACUUCUUGAAGACCUUGAAGAUGCCUCACUAUAAGUCCUGUGUCAUCCUGCUGGUUCUCCUCCUCAUCUAUGAUGUCUUCUUUGUUUUCAUCACGCCACUCUUCACGCCGAAUCACGAGAGCAUUAUGGUUGAGGUCGCAACAGGAUCUGGAUCUGGCAGCAGUGAAAAGUUGCCUGUAGUUAUCAGAGUGCCAAGAUUGGUGCCGUCUGUUGCAACCUUGUGUGGAAUUCCAUUUUCUGUCCUGGGGUUUGGUGAUAUUAUUGUACCAGGAUUAUUGGUUGCUUAUUGUCGAAGAUUCGAUGUGGAGACUAACGGCUACAACAUCUACUUCAUUCUGUGUACAAUAGCAUAUGCAGUGGGCAUGAUGUUGACAUUUGUUGUUCUGAUCGUUAUGAAGAUGGCACAGCCUGCUCUACUCUACCUCGUACCAUGUACUCUCAUCACUUGCACUAUAACGGCCAUCACGAGGAAGGAAUUAAGAAUAUUUUGGACGGGAAGUGUUUAUGAGGUUUUACAAGGCUUCAAUCGCACUAGUACUCAGACUGACAAAUUUCCUCGAGCUCAGCAGUUGCUUUAUGAUGAUGACCCCAGUUGAUGCAGCAAGUGAAGAAACUACUGCUGCUCUCAUUGAGCCAGUGUCUGAAAAUCCCUCCGAGAUAUAAUUUGCUGCUUUACUGCAACUCAUUUUCUACAUGUACUUUGUUACCAAAUAAUUAGGAAACUGGGGGUAACCCAGAAUUUGUGAUUACCUGAAAAAACUAAUGUCUCUUGCCUUUAAGCACAAAUUUCUACAUUGAAAUAUUUUUGUAAUGACAUUUUUUUCUGAAUCUGAGAAUCUAUUAUUAUGUACUUUCACUACUUCAGAAGCUGUUGGAUGUAAAUAUCAUAGAUAAAUAUGUAAUUACAUUCAAACUUUGGUUAAUCUGGUCAAACCUUUCUGGUUGCUCUUGGAUGGACAUGCUUAGCUUUGAAUGACGGUUACUGUUCUCUAGAACGUCAAGAACACGUGCAAAUCAGAAAUGUUUGAACAAAACCAAAUCUUUAAAAAUGAACUCCAGUGUUGUUUUCAGUCAUUUAUUCAACUGUGCUUGUGCAUCCAUCAAAUUAUGCCAAAUAGGGUUCUGUUUCUAUUCCAAUUUAACACUAACCAGACAGGUUUGAUCAUGUGAAGGCCAUUUGAAUAUCUUUGUACAUAGGAAGUGAAGAUUAACCUGCACUGCUGUGUGAUACGAUUCGCAUCUAACUUUGAUUAUGGAAAUACAUUCUGUGAAACAGGGUGUGCUAAUGUUUGAAGAUUAAUUGAAAUAUUUGUUAUGAUUUAAAUAAGGGGAUGUAACUGCAGAAUUAUUUUAUUAAAUACAUUUGGAAAUUC